AAACAUGGUCAAACAAUGGGAUUCCUUGAAGAGCUUCCACCUGAAGGUAAUACAUGCCCUCAAAACUUGUUAAACAGUAAAAGGACCUUUUAAAACUCUUUGCUGAUAGUCAGUGAGUAGAGGAAAAACAGCAUUUUCAGCUAUUCCUCUUUUUUGGACUGGUUUAAUAAGCAUGAGAAUGGCUAAAAAUGAGUUAAGCAACAGAAAGGGCAAAUUUUCAGACUAAUCAGGUGUAAUUCGUUCUUGUCCCCAGGGCCUGUCUUUUCUUGGUCACGUGGUCUUGUCACAAUUAAAGCUGAGUGGCUCUGGGGAUGAGAAUGGUUGUAAUUAAACAGCUUUUUAAAUGUUAACACAUGUGCAUAAGUCAAAAUUGAACUUGUUUUUUUUUGUGAAACUACUUUGAUCUUCAUCCUUUCUCGCUGUCUGUUUUCCUUUGCCUUUCUCUUUUAUAUGCAGUUUUGUUGUCCACUUUAUCUGUAGUAGUACUCUGUUUUAAUGGUCAGGGACAACUUUUUCAUUUAUCUUGUGCAAGGGUGAGAGAUUAUUAUUUGGGCGUAGCCCAGAUCGUUUGUUUUGAUUCGAAGUUGAAAUAGGCACGCAAUACGUGCGAACUUAAACUAGCCAAGCGAUGCGCAUGUCUGCCACGCAAACGACUCAGGCAAGGUAAAACGUAUCCUGGAAAAAUGCUUUUCUAGCAUAGUACUUGAUCCCACUUUUACGAUCUCAAAAACCUUGCAACACAAUUCCCAACAGUGCGGGAACUAAGACAUUAAAAGCGAUGAACAAAAUAAUUUUCAAUUUGGAGGAAAAGAUAAACUUAAUCUGAAGCCAGUUACGGUAUUUUUUGUCGGACCUAAAAGGCGGCCGUUUUUCUUUUCUCAGAAAUUUGGAAGUAUUAAAUUCAGGAAUCAAAUCCGUCAACAAUAUUUGGAAUUUAGGACGGGUUUGGAAUUGGAUCACACCUUAAGAUUUUCGUGCUUAGUGUCAGGUGUUUACGUUUGUGAGAAAUGACAUUUCAAAUAUCAUAUUACAAGAAACAUGCUCGUUUUUUUACUUACGAUGAUUCCCUUAUUGUUCAAAGCCGUCCGAACCCACACACCCAAAAUUUCAGCCCCCCAAACUUCUCCAUAUUAAAUGAACUUCCCAUAUCCAAGUUCUCUCCAUACAAAUAUUAUCAAAAAAAGCUGAAAGAAAAUCCUAAAGAAGAAGCCUAACAACAUUUAAAAUAAUUACAAGACUGUUUUCGACUAUUGAUAAGAUCUUUUACAACCACAACUUCAUUUUAACAGACUGUAACUAUACUAUCCCUUCAUAACCAAAUAAGCACUCCCAACAACUACCUCGCUGCAACGCCUAAAAUCAUUUUACCUUCCAAAAAAUAUUUUUUGUUACUUCAUAUAAAAUUCUAUGAGAAAUCAGUUUCACUGAUUAACAAACUACAGCCAUUAUCUUACCUAUCCAAGUCCAAUAUAACUCGACGCCUUCCACUUCACUAAUCUCAACCAACCCCUAAAGUAUACAACGCAGUCAACGUUACUACACUACUCACACAUCCCUGAUAUACCCAAAAACAUCGCGUACGCCUAGCACAACGACGCCCAAAUAAACGCUCCCACAGCGUCUUGUGUUUCUUACCAUACAAAAAUUAAAUGACCUGAUUCAGUCAAGAAAAGGGCAAUAAAACAUGUAAAGAUGAGGAUCAAUUUCGUUUAAAAUCUUGUUCCACUACCUGCCUGCACUUUCUUUCAUCUAAAAUCCUACGAUCCUACAAAUGUAACAGCUUUCCCAAAAACUUUUCCCAUUGAAAUAAGGCCUAGAAUAUUAUGCUUGGCAAAAGAGAACAAAAAGGGCAAGAAAGGGGAAAGUGAAAGGUCUAGAAUUUUGCUUUCUGUGCAUGCCUGAACUUCGGAAACUGACAUUAUAUUUUGCAUCUGGAACAAUCGGCUGCAGAGUGCGCAAACUGUAAAUGGCUUGUUGAUUUUAUGCUCUCUAUAGCUAACUGUGACCAGAAAAUGGGUCGACUUGCUUCAAAACGCCUUUUUUGGCAAAAUUUCUAGGAAAAAUAGGUUGAGCAGGUAUGCAAUAGUUAUACGCCCUAUUAUGGAAAAGCUCGAUCCCCACCAUGCUCAGAUCUAAAUGGGAGGAGGAAAUAGUACGCUACGCAGGUGAACACCACGAGGCCUAUCCUACAUUCAGCGAAUUCUCAGCGAUGAUCCAGGACGAAGCGAGAAAGAGAAAUCACCCUUACGUUUCGGCGGGAGUCAGUACAGCAAAUGGCAUGCGCAAAGUCGUCAUUGCGAGGAGAAUCGAAAGAAGCCCCUGUUCCAACUUGGUGUCGAGGUCAAGCAGCCGCUGAAGACCAAUACAGGACACGAUAGCGGCAAAACGCCAGAAAAGAAAGCCCCAGAACCCCAGACAUAGAGGCGCUGUUUAUUUCACAACGAACUGGCCACGAGCUUACAGAGUGCAAGGCCUUUAACAAAAUGAUGGUCAAGAAGAGAGAACAGUGGGUUAAGGAGGAAAGAUUAUGCUUCCGCUUUUUCACGCCAAACCACAUCGCCAGCGAGUGCAGAGAAAAAGUGAAGUGCGGUAUCUGUAGCACCACAAGACACCCUGAGCUCCUCCAAGCACUGAAGAAAAGAAGCAGAGGAGCAAAGAAAGGGAGCCGGCCAACGGUGGUUCAGAAGUUAUCAGUUUAAAAUGCACAUCGAUAGGCAAAGGUCCCCCGGGUGGACUUUCUUGCAUCAAGAUAGUGCUGGUGGAUGUCUAGAUCGCCCCAACGAAGUUCAUCGGGUGUACGCUGUUGUGGAUGACCAAAGUAACGCUUCAAUUAUUAGCACUGAGCUAGCAGACAGGCUAAACGCUGAAGGUCCCGCAUCCAAGUACCACCUUUCUACCUGCGGAGGCACCAAGGUGGUCAAAUAUGGUCAGAGAGUCACAGGAGUCGUAAUACGGUCCAUCCACGGGAAAACCUCAGUACUGCCCCCACUCAUAGAGUACGAUGGCAUUCCCCAAGAUAUGAAAGAAAUACUGACUCCGGAAAUCGCAUGGGAACAUCGUCAUCUAGGAAGUAUUGCCGAAGAGAUUCCCCCUUUCCAUGAGGAGGCGAAGAUCCAUCUUCUUGUCGGCGGAGACACCCCAGAAUUAUUAAAAGUAGGAGCAUUUAAGAACAGCACAAAAGGAGCACCAUGGGCUCAGAAGUUAGCGUUGGAGUGGACGAUAUCAGGCCAGACCUGUUUACACCUAAAAGAUAGACCUAUCCAUGUACAAACCAAGAGAACCUGUGUAGUGACAGACUAUUCAAGGACGUGGAUGUAUAUUCUGGUGCCAAUCUGGUUUGUGACUGUUUGUGACUGUUUAUUAAGACUCGUAGCAGCAAUAUACAGAAUGGCUGAAUUACAGAGCUAUUUACAAAACAUAUAAUACUAAAAUAUAAUACAAUAAAUCCAAUAGAUACUAGAAAAUAUAAUUGUACAAGCCACUAGGUAUACUUAUGCGUGACAAACUCUUGCGUGCGCUUGGUCCUACAGGUAGGACGCGUGGAGCGGCUAAUGCCAGAUCUAAGAUUAUAAUUAUGCACAACCUCCUCCUGUUUGGGGAGCAUAAAAUGCAAGGGAUGAUUCUCAUUCCGGAGUCUAACAAUAUAACCCUGGCAUAGAUGGGCGCGUCUGUCACUUAGAGUUGAUUAAGGGCAUUUAAUGCCUCGUUGUAACUCCUUACAGGAAAAGUGAUGCGCAUAGCCCUUUUCUGAAUGCUCUCAAUCUUAUAAGAUAGAAAAUCUGGUAUAUUUUGCCAGAUAGGGGCAACAUAUUCUAGAACAGGACGAACAAUGGUUGUAUAAACCUUAGCCAGUGAAGCUGGAGGUGCACCACAUUGCUUAAAGACCCUUAAAGAGUAAAGCCUCCUGUUUUUACAUGGCACGUCAUUUCCUUUAAUGUUCCAACACAUCCAACAUGUAACGGAAGAGGUGCAAGAGAAGAGUCAAGAUAGUCGCAUGUCCAAAUACACUUCACUUCCGAGAAAGUUUCACCAUGGUCGAUGACGUCGAAAACACAGCAGAUGUCUAUUAAGUGACUCAACAACAACGACCUCGACAACAACGUGGGGCUGUCAAUUGAGGAUCGAAGAUUCUUAGAGAUUAUGGAAAAGAGGAUUCAUUAGAACGAGCUAGGAAACUGGGAAAUACCAUAACCAUUUCGCUCAAGUAAAGUAUUCAUGCCAAACAAUCGGAGUUACCCGAUCAAAAGUCUAAACGGAGUGCUAAGAACCUGUAAACGCAAACCUUAAAUGGAAAAGGACUACAUCGAAUUCUUGGAAAACUUACUAAACAAAGACCUGGCACGCAGUUCCUAAAAAAGAAAUAGGGAACUUAAGAUAGAGACGUUUUCGGGGCGACGGCAACUUCAACCGGACGUGACAUCAUCAUUUGUUGGAUAUUGCGCAUGUCCGUGCUCACCACCUUGCCGUCGUGGUCCCGUCGGCGACGUGCAACUGGUGUGUUUGGCGUUGUGGCGAAAACGUGAGUAUUUAACUUUCAUUUCAAUCAGGUUUGUUGCGUUUAACAACCAAAAUUUUGCAGAUUAUCGUUCUUAAAUUGUCCUUGUUUUCUUUGACGCACAUUUCAAGCUCGAUUUCCAAGCUCUGUUAUCUAAACUUACAUCUUUGAAUGUUUCUAUGUUUUCAUGUCACAGGGUCAAGAUCCAACUUGGCAAACAGCCAACCGUAGGUGAGCUUGACAUGGGACAAAAUUUUCCCACGAGCCAAAUAAAAGUAUCCAGACAAAAAAUAUGAACUCCGAUAUUUCAAUUGUGUGUUUUUAGUUCGCUCUUUUCGUUAGAAUAUCGUAUAAAUGAAACGCAUUGAAAAUUAUAUAGAAUAGUAGGUAAUACCAUGUACUGACUCGGCGUGGGAAUACUGAAAUAAAGUUGUUGCCGUUGUUGUUGAGGUUGCAUGCAAGUAUUUCCCGGGAAUUUUUUUCAAUACCAACCUAAGAAUACGGUUCCUUGGUAGCAUUUUAAUGUUCCUGUAAUUUGCAAGGCUUCGGCAAGCCUGUGGAGAUCAUUUUUUUUCAACACGAAAUUCUGCCUUGAACUCAGCUGCAUCCCGCAUGUUUUUUAGCGUGAACGGAUCGUAACUGUCCCGAGGAAAAUCGGGAUUUUUGGACUCAUAAUUUUCCCACAAAACGAGAAACUCUUCAUCCGAUACAUGUUGUCUGCAUAGCAAAUAUUUAUUCUCUUAAUUCUUUAUGUGAAGCCAUAUUUUCCUCUUCGGUAUUCUUCUAAUUAAAGGCGCCGUCCUUCUGAGUUCACUGCGAUCUUAAUGUUCUAUUUUUGACGGGGAGCGACGGCUGCCUUAGUUCCAGGCUUUCUCUGCCAGUCCGGUCGCCGUCGCCCCGAAAACGUCUCCAUCUUAAGUUCCCUAAUUUCAGCCGGCGGAGACUUUGCGCAAGUCUGGUACCUAGCCCACUUCGGGGUUUACCACCCGAAAAAGCCGGGUCAAAUUCGAGUGGUAUUUGACUCUUCCUCAGAAUAUCAAAAGGCAUACCUUUUAUUUGUUUCUGAAUUGAUUUAGUAAGCGUGUUACCGACGACCAGAAGUACCUCCCCAGCAGCAGGCUAUACGCGUGUAUAAAUACACGAAAAUUAAAGGGCCUCGAUUCCAGAGAAAUUAAAUCAUUGCCAGAUAUCAAAAAAGUUAUUUACAUGGCACGUCAUUUCAAUCAUCGCCGAAAAUAAAUGGCGUGCUCAUCACAAGACUCAUUUGCAUACAGUUAGCCUGCGGGCAAGCUCUCCUAUUUGGGCGAGCGAAACGAGCCGCGCGAGAACGCGCGAGCGAGCGGCGAAGCCGCGAGGGGCCGGCGAAAGGAGAGCUUUCAACCAUCUCUUUCAAAUUUUCAUUUGUACUUCACCCAGACGAAGGGAAAUACCAUUGGCUGAAAAAUGACGUUCCGGAAAUCAAAGUUGAUUGAUAACAGGCCAAGCUGGCACCCGCUUCGUCUGUGUGUCAAAUUUGGUUCUCAGGGGGAUCAGAUUGGUACCGAGAACUUGUUUCAGCCCUCAAUGCAAACGGGCUCGUCUGAUGUAAUUCUCGCAAAGAGAAUAUUACAUGCCGAGGAUAAGUCGGACCGAGUUUAUGGUUCUUGUGGAAGAAAAUGAAAACCCUUCAUCAGUUGUAUUCGUUUGUGUCAAGCGCCUUGUUUAGUUCUGAAAACCGGGAGAGUGAAAGUGAAGAGUGAUUCAAGCUCUGUCUUCCAACAUUGGUUUCUUCGCCCGAUUGAACUCUACUGGGUAGAAAAAUUCAGAAACAUGUACUUGACAGUGUAGUUGUGUAGCUUGACCGUAAAGAAGGAAAAGAGAAAGAGUUGGAAGCAACUGGAGUAAAACUUAAGAGAACCAAGUGCAGGAAAAUGCUAUUCUUCAGUUCCAGACGGACAAAUAUAUGAUGUUUUUGUUGGUGAUUGCGAUGCGGAGUAGUCUUCUACACUGCAGCAUGGACGACUUUUCAAAAGUAAACGAAACGAGAAUCAAAGUAGUGAGUUUUUAUCCGAGGGGACACGUUGAGGUUCGAUGUCCCCGUGAAAAAAAUAUAUAUAUAUCAGCGAUUCACAAAUAAAUAACUCUACGCGCCCUUGGCUGUCUAAACUUACUUGACAGGCGGUUGUCACUUUUCUAAUCUGCGGCACGUUUGCGGUGACAGUUUUCACGCUUUGCGGAGUCCCGGGGUUUCGGGGGUGGAAAUGAAAAUUUAUAAGAGAUGGUUGCAAGCUCUCCUUUCCUCGGCCCCUCGCUCGCGCGUUCUCGCGAGGCUCGCUUCGCUUGCCCAAAUAGGAGAGCUUGCCCGCAGGCUAGCAUACAGUGAAAGUUUACAACACCCGACCAUCGCAAUUUUGCUAAUUAAGAUUCUUAUUUUUUUUCGACCACUCAGUAGUGUUCACUUGUUCCAAAGUAAUCAAUGCUUUCAAGCGAUAGAAUUCUUGGACUGACACGUUUCGGAAAAGCUCUAAAUUUAAUCUUUCCUAAGCUUUCUUCGCAAAACGUACGUGGCUUCGAUCAUUGUUAGUCCCAGUUUCCACAGUCUCCGCAAGGAACGCCUGGCACAAUGAGCUGCCUUUUGUGACCCAAAAUUCGACCAAAAAUUCCGGGGGGGGGUACUUCCAGAAAAAUUGGGUGGGGGUGUGUUGCACGCUUCAAGAAACCCUUACCAUAUUUCAGACCAAACUCUGUGAUUUUCCCUACCCAAUUUCAGACCUGAUCAAAAAUUUGAUACCCUGUUUCAUACAUGAAGCCCUGGAGCCCGGCGCGUUACCGGAGCGUGUGACAAGCUGUUAAGGCACGUACACGGUAGUUGGAGUAAACAUUAAAAGGGAAAAAGUCUUAUCGCCAAAUGAUGAAGAAGUACCUAAUUCUUCUAAAAAUCAUACCCAAUUCAAGACUAGAGUACACACACCAUACCCUAUUUCAGACCAAAACGGCCAAAAAACCACAACCUUUGGCGCGACACAUACCUGCAAAGCCUAUAUAAGGAACUACCCCCCGGGGCGAAAAACGCUUUGCAGAUUAUGAGUCUCGCUGCUUACGCAAGCGAGACUAAUAAGGUGAAAACUUUGGAAGGUUCAGUUGUCUUCAGAUUAAAUCUAUGUUCGGUCUCCAUGAUAUAAUCGAAAUGUAAAGGGCCUUUAGUGGGGUGAUGAAUGUUGUCAAUAAGGGUCGGACCAAUACUUGAAAAGUAGUUAUUGAAAACAGAAGACAGCUCACACGGAUCGCGAAUAGAAUUAUUGUCAAGUUUUAUCUCUUUUACCCAAAAACUGUGAGUUUUCCUUGAUGUUAAUUCAUUACUGAUUUGCCACGUCUUGUGUGGAUCACGUUCAUUGUCUUGAAAGGCGACAUUUCUUGAAUUUCAACCAGUCAUUAGAAUUUCCGAACGGACGGCUUUGAGCUUAAGCAUGUUACGGGUAUUCAUUCUCAUUUUUUUCAAAUGAGGUGUGAUCCAAGUUGAUUUCAUCGCACGAACGCGCUUGGGACGUAGCGGGGCGUGCUCAUCGACACAUUGAGAGAAAAGACUUUUCCAAGCUUUCCACAUAUCAUUAGCGUCUUCAUAGUUGUUUACACUGUCCCAGUUUUACAGGGAAAUAUCGAAAUGAAAACUAGCAGAAUUAAAAUUUUUAAAUUUCCUAUAAGUUACUGUCGAAUGACCUUUAAAGGAGGAUGGAUGGAUCAAUCGAAACCUCACGAAAAACAUAAACUAGACUAUGGUCGCUUAGGCUUACAUGAGAUACACUCGAACAAACAACUCUGUCCAAGUAAUUUGUAAAGAUUACAUCAGUCAAAGUAGAGGAAGCACUUUUCACUCCAGUUGGGGUGUUUAUAAGUUGAUGGAGUCCGUAGACAUCUGAUAAAUUAGACAAUAACACAGUAUUGUUAUCGGGUUGAGACGAAGCAAAGUUACAGUUGAAAUCACCCAUUAAAUCAAAUUCAGCAUUUUCAAAAUCAAGUUUACCGAUCAAAGUUUCAAGACAAGAGAAAAUUUCUGUUGAUGAACUGAGGUUUACACCAGGUCGCGAUGAGAAAAGGCUUGGUUCUAGGUUUACGAAUUUCAAUACAUAGGUUUUUCAGGGAUUGGAUCACUUAGGUCGGGGCGCAAAGAAUAAUUCGUACUAGAGCGAGCAUAGAAACAAACGCCCCCACCAAGCCUACCAUCAUGUUCUCGAUCCAAUCACGCGAAUGAUCUCGUAACCGGGAAUGUAAACCUCGUUAUCACUAACCGAUUCAUCAAACCUUGUUUCAUUAAGCGACAAAACAUUGAUUCUGCAUUGAUUCGAUGGUCGUCUUGGGCUACAUUUGCAACGAAACCGACGAUUUCACACCUAGGUGCCAAAUCAGGUGCAAGCUAUACGAAAGGUCGCUUCCCCCGAAAAAUGGAGAUACGUUGAAAGUUCUAACAAUCCUGCUGACCUGGUCUACACCUGAAGGAGCUUGCAGAGUCAACCUGGCUUAAUAGUCCCGAGUUCCUGCGCAAUGCCUCACAAGUCACCUCACCCAGAGCGGAACAAGUGAUCCUAAGUGCCGACGACCCCAAGGUGAGAAAGGAGUUGAAGCCUCUUACAACAGGUGCCACGUCAGCAAAGUCCUCCACCCUAGGGACGGAGAGAGUUGUGAGAUCCUUAUCCUGGUGCUCCCUGAGGCGCACCAUUGCCAUCCUGAUAGUCAAGGCAAGAUCGCUGAAAGGAAGAAACCUCGGUAGUGGCUUGACAACACAGUUUAAUCCUUGUCAUCACCUUUCCCCUGUUGUGAUCACCAAGGCUGCGGAGGCGAUCAUCAAAACAGUCCAGAGGGAAACCUUUAAAAAGGAGUUUGACGAUAUCGUUCAAAGGACGAAUAACUACAAGGGCCGUGAUGGAGCCAGAGCAAGGAAAAGGUCCCAGAAGAAAUCGAAUCUCCUACGACGACAGCAUGGGAAUACUUAGAGUGGGUGGUCGUCUUCGUCAGGCCAACCUGAGUUUUAACUUGCGUAGUCCUUGUACGGUGUUUUCCCAGUCCCUCUCGGUCAAUUCACUUCGGUGACGUAUUGGAGGUGAGCGGGCGGGAAAUGCCAAGACCAAAAUAGAAUGCGCAUGCGUGCGUUGCUUUUUGAAAUUCAAGAUGUUGUCAAUGUUGUAAACAGUAGAAAAGUGUUUUUUAAAAAAAGCCUUGUGGAUAUUUGCGGGAUCGGCUUUUUCCGACCGGCUUUGAAAAGUCAUUAGAAUGUCAUUCAUAGUCCUGUGGAGAUUAAUUCUGCUCCUUCAAUCUCAUCAUUCCAACUGAGCUAUCGGCGUUUGCAGCUCUUAACCCAUUGAAAGGACGGCGAAUAUUCAAAGUAAAACUGAAUACUUUAGCGACCCUCUGUGUAGUAAACUUAGAGCGCAAAUCUUGAAUAAUUAGAAAAAAACAUACUUUCAAAUUCAUUAGCUACGUAUCGAAAAGUGCUCAAAAACUGAACCUAAAAGUAAAAAUCCUAUAAAAUUC